AUGGCGCCGGUCUCGAAAGUCUUCGAGCCCGUGUGCAGCGCGACGACGGCUAUUGUCAACCCUUUAGAUGCAAUUUGUGACCGUAAGCGGCCCGAUGCCGUUUGGGUUUCGAAUUUAAAAAAUGCUAAAAGGGUCGACAAAGGAGUUUUGGUUGAACGCCCUGAUGCUAAAAUCUUUUUACCUUUCAGAUUUUUUGUAUAUGAGCCAAAGGCUCUAUUUAUACCAAACACCUACAACCGAUUUUUAGUUGUGCCUAGUGGGGAUCAUCUGACAUCUCUGGUCGAUGAAAUAUCAUACAUAUCAUCACCGGCACCCCCCCUUUCUCAAAUAGACGACAUUCCACCCGAAUACUUCUGCAACGGGGACAAUCGACCGCCAAAUUGUGGACCAAACUGUGAAUGUACACACAUGGUUGACAUACCACUUGGAGCUAUUGUUGAAGUUGUGUUGAUUGAUGAAGUACAGCAAGUGAAUCUUAGCCACACAUUUCACUUGCAUGGUACGGCCUUUUAUGUGGUAGGACUAGGUCGCUCACCAAAUAAGUCAAUAAAAAAAAUUAACCUAAAGCAUGCUUUGGAACUGGAUCAAAUGGGAAUGCUUGAGCGUCAUUUUUCUAAGCCCCCACUUAAGGAUACAAUAGCUGUAAAAUAGCUUGUAAAAUUUUCACAAUUAAUUUAUUAAUACUACAUUCAAAUAGAAACAAUAAAACUUUCUUAUAAACAGAAAA